AUGGGGUCGUGCUACUGCGUAGAGUCGAGCGUCGUGGGAUGUCUCCUGUGCCACGCGGGAUGCUCGACGGAUAAGCUCGCGAGUAGCCUCGCGUUCCACCCGCCGUCGCCGCCGUCGUACGCCCUGACGACCGCGCCCGACGGGCGCAGACGCGCGGUGUUCGAUCCCGCCAACGACGAGUACGUUCGACUGGCGCGGGACUGGGGCGCCGCGUUGGGACAGUGCGAGGUGGACGAGGUCCAAACGCGCCGGGGUAACACCGUGUGCGUCCUGCGCCUGCGUCGCGGCUCCUCCGACGACGCGUACGUCGGCAGGGCGACGUUGAUCGUGUCGCACGGCAACGCGCUGGACGCGGCGCUCUUCGUCCCGUUCGCGUCGCAUCUCGCGCACCAGCUCGACGCCAACGUUUCGGUGUACGAUUACAGCGGCUACGGGCGGAGCAGCGGCGCGCCGCGGGUCGAGGACUGCAAGGCGGACAUCGAGGCGGUGGUGCGACAUCACGUGGAACGGCUCGGGUGCGACCCGGCGCGCAUAGUGCUGUACGGGCAGAGCAUCGGGAGCGGGCCGACCUGCCACUACGCCGCGCUCGCGGGUCGCGCAUCUCGAGGCUCACACCGCGAAUCAGGGGGAAGCGGCGGCGCCCGGUGCACCCCCGCGUGCGUGUACAAAUCGUGCGACGUGUUUAAAAAUUUUGACGCCGUGGGUUCUUUCGAGUGCCCGGCGCUCGUCGUCCACGGGCGUCUGGACGACCAGGUGCCGUGCUCGCACGGGAUGGGGCUUCACGCGCUGCUGGUGG